AUGGUCUCGCCCCGCAACACUGCCCAGCCUGCGUCAGGCCCUUUGGAUGCAUCUGAUUCGUCUUCGGUAGACAUCGAUCUUUCCUCCGAAGACUACGGUGCGGAUCCCAAGCCUGCGCCGUCAGUCCAGCCCGAGCCUGAGCCCGAGCCCGAGCCCGAGCCCGAGUCCGAGCCCGAACCCAAGCCCGAGCCCGAGCCCGAGUCCGAGCCCGAGCCCGAGCCCGAGCCCGAGUCCGAGCCUGAGCCCGAGCCCGAGCCCGAGCCCACGCCCAAGCCCACACCCAAGGCGGGAGCCCCACCCCCCCAGUCCAAGGCCCCACCCUCCGCCUCCGCCUCCACCUCCACCCCAGCCCCAAAGCCCAGACGCAAGCAAGCACCCACGCCCAAGCCAAAGCACGCCAAACUUACGCCGACCGAUCCCGUCGUCAUCAAUGUGCCGCAGGUCCGCAUCCAGACACCAGGUGAGGCCCCGGCUGAUGCAGAGGCCGCCAAGCAAUUGUCGCCCAAACGUCGCCGUCGCGUCCGGAAGUCGCCGGCGGCAUCGCCGUCACCGGCACGAAAGCCGUUAAGCAAGGCCAACACGAAGCGAUCCUCGCGAAAGCGGCGGAGGAAAAAUGCGGGUUUGCGGAAGCGGUCGACGCCCGGCAAGAGCGCCAAGGGCCGCAAGCGGAGCAAGCGGAGCAAGGGCGGCAGGCGGAGCAAGCGGAGCAAGAGCAGUUCGCGUAAGCGCCGCUACAUCUCGCCGCUGGAAAAGAAGAAGCGGAUAGCCCGCAGAAAGCGUCUCCGUCGUAUCCGUCUCCGCAAGCAGCGCAUGCGGAGGAAGAAGGCUCAGGAAGAGGCCACGAAGUUCCGUGCCAAGCUCGUGCCCAAGCCAGUCAUCUCCACUGGCCACGUCCGCUCUAUCCGCCUCGCCCUUUCCGGCAGCGAUGACCGCUUUCGUCGCGUCGUCACCGCCUCGCACGUCGGCCGCGUCAUCGCCGCCACCCACACCACUAUCGUCGAGUACUCGGUCCUCACGGGGGCCGAAGUCUUUCGUUUUGAGCCCGACCUCGGCGGCUCGGCCAUUCACUCGCUUGCCGUCGACGACGCUGCCUCGCGAGUCUUUGCCCUUGCUUUUGACGGCUCGCUCGGCGCGUACAACGUUGGCCACGCCAACUUUGACACCCUCGCCCCGGUUCCGCUCCGCCCCGGGACCACCCUUCCGGACGUCGGCGUCCUGUCGCUAGAUGUCGACGCCGGCGUCAUCGUUGUCAACACCUCGGCCGUCGACAGCAUGGUCCACUUUAUCGAGCCUAUUACUGGCUCAGUCAUCCACUCGGUCUCCAAGCAGCAGCUUGGGCUCUCCCAGCCCGCCAUUGUUGGCGAUCUUAUCUACCUCUCCAAGUCGAUGCUUCUCGUCUACACUUCCAGUCGCUCGUCCGCCGCGCAGGUCUACUCGUUUGCGCUCUCGGCCGUCGUCGCCUCGCUCGCUGCAGACGCCUCGGUCCGCAAGCCGCGCAUGGUCUACCUUCCGGGCCUCGAGGUCAUUGCCCUUGGUAUGGACGGCUGGCAGUCAUCGUUCACCUCGCUCUGGCCUGUCGACGCCAUCGAGACCGUCGUCGCCGCCCUCACAGAACCGCCGCUCCACCCCGACGACGUCCCCAAGCUCGGCCCGUCGCACACCCUUCCUGGUGGCUACGGUGCCAUUACCACCGCUCACUUCCUGCCCGGCUCGAACGUCCUUGCCUCUGCAGCCCUCAGCGGCGCACUGCACGUCCACGACGCCGACCCUGAGUUUUUCAUUCCGCCCCCGCCCGAGGACAAGCUUGUCGUCAAGUACUUGCGCGAGAUGCAGGUCGGCGGCAAAGUGGAGACCGCCGACAUGGGCGCAAUGUCGGCCCCGCCGUCUGACCGCGACUCGAGUCCAGGCCGCAACGAGAACAACUUCCCGGCUGCAUCGGCAAGCGCUCGCGCCGCUCAAUUCCGGCGGCCCGUUUCGCUCGCCGUCGUCUGUCGACAUUUCUGGCCCCUCACCGACAUGUCAUCGCACGCGCUGCUGGAUCCUGCAGAAGUUGCCGUUUUCAAGCGAACCUCGUCCGACGUCGACCUGCACACCCUACUGGCGACCGGAUCGCUGCCUGAGCCCCCUCAGCCCGUUAAGGGCCCUGCCCGCUUCCAGCAUGCGCGGUCCGUUGCGCCGUCGACUCUGCCCAUCCACGCUCUCUACGGUAUGACGCUCGGAGGCGCCCGCACUGGUCCCGCGACCACAGCUGCAGUCAAGGCCUCUGCGGCUGCCGACAUUGUGCCAUCGUUUGACGCCUCGUAUCCCGAGGGCGCCUUUGACCUUGCUUCUCUCGGCGGUUCCGACUCGGCUGACACCGACGAGCUUCUUUGCGGCGUCUACGCUGUCUCAGACACAGAGCUUGUCGUCUCGACCUGGCUCGUCAAGCGCACAACAAUGCUGGUCAAGGUUGCCGACUUUGGCCUUGCUCUCUCGGAGAAAAAGUACGCCACCAUCGAGGCGGCAGCCAUGACUGCCUGGACCUCGAGGCAGGCUGCUCACCGCGAAGCUGCAGACAAGGCCCUUGCCCGCCUCACGCAGCAGACGACUGCGUUUGAGACUCAGGGCACCCACUUUCAACAGCUCAUCAAGCAAGCCAUCCUCCUUCGCCCUCACGUGGCCGAUCCGCCGUCGCACGCCCACAUCUCCACUGCUCACGACCUCGCCCUCCGCUUCCCUUCGCGCGAGUGGUAUCCCGAGGGACUGGCUCAGUUUAUCCAUGGUGGUGGGCUUUCUGUUCAGGAGGUCUACGCGCUUCUGCGGCUCCACUUUAAGCUCCCGCUCGCCCUCCGGACUGCAAACAACUUUCUGGCCUGGAUCGAGUCGAUGGAGCUGACGUUUGUGGCCGAGCUCACCCGCGAGGUCUUUGUUGGCCCUGGCCCGUUCCACGAGGAGCUCACCGCCAACCUCUGCGUCGGCGACACCGCACUGCAAAUUGUGCUCCAUCACAGCGAUCCACUCUCGCGCGUUGUCACCUUUCUCGAGCGCCUCGCCUCGCUCUUUGCCGCCGGCUCGCAGGGCUCCGACGAGACUAUUCCCCGCGGCCUCGCCCGCCAUCCACUCGACGUCCGCUACCAUCUCUGGCUCCGCGAGACAUCUCGGCUCUACGCCGCGCUUCUGCGCCUCAAGAACCUCCAGCAAUCACGUCUCGGUGCGUUCCAGCUUACAUCUCUCGCAAAGCGCUUUGCUGCUUCUCUCCAUCCCGAGCCUGCCGGCUCGCGAGCCACCUCGCAGGCUGCCCGCGAGCGCUCGCAGUUUGCUUUCGACAACACCUCUCCGAGGACGUUCUACGCCGGCAUGCUCUACUCAGACGACAACGGUACUGGCCGCUUUGAGCGUCCUGUCGCCGUCAGCAUCUUUGACCUCGUCUCGCUCCGCACCGUUGUCGGCGUGGGCCUUCAUGGUCGUCCGCUCUCGCUCUCGGACCAGAUCGAUGCCGAGCUGGCCGUCCAUCGCUCGCUUUUCCUCCAUCCUAUCUUGGCGCAAGCACACGGAGACUACGCUGAGACAGGGGGUGACUCGACUGGCUCGGUCCUCUCGUCGGCGCUGUCGUCGCGCGGGACAGGGGCCGGCGCCGACGGCGGGUCGCGGCUCCGCGAGCGCCUCGUCGCCUUUGACCGCCUUGCCGACUACACCCCGCUCACACUCGUCUUUGAGCGGUGCUGCUUCCUUGGCGCGCCCUCGCAGUGGAGCAUUGUGGCCCUCUGGGGCGCGCAGCUCGCAUCGCUCCUGGCCGCCACCGCCAGCAUGGGCGUCAUCGUUCGCAACAUCAACCCCAACUCAGUGUUCGUGGCUCCUGGUGGUGACUCGGUUGUCCUGGCUUCGCUCGGCGACAUGGUUCAGCUUACCACUGCCGCCGACGACGCUACCGGCUGGUCAGUUGUCACCGCACCGACCCUCUCACCGGAUCUCAACGCGCGCUCAAACCCUUACCUGCCGCCGGAGCACUUUGAUGGCAUUGCUGCGCUCUCGCCGCAGUACGACGUCUUCUGCCUCGGUGCUCUUCUCUAUCACAUGUUGCUCGGGCGGCCACCGCCGGCGUAUGGCCUGGCGUCGAGUGCGCGCGGAACACCAGUAGAGUACUACGACCCGUUCAUCGGUCUGCCCUACGUCCGUACCCCGAGUGCGACCGGUGCAGAUCUUGGCUCUGACUCCGGCUCUGCACCUCACGACGAGCCCGAAGUUCGUGGAGCCAUCGGCUCAUCUGGCGAGGCCGUGCUUGUCUCGCAAGUCAAGGACGGCGACCCAUCACCGUCGGUGGCUCGGGCUUCGGAGUUUCGGCUCGCUGCCCCGCGCGGCUCCGAGGCCGAAUCGCUUGGUACCCAGCUGCUGCAAGUCAUUGCGCUCUGCCUCCACCCGGAUCCGCAAAUGCGGCCGACGCCGCAGCAGCUGCUGAGCACGCCGCUGUUUGCGGCCCGCACGCCGCGCGGCAUCGGUGCCGGCUCGUCGACCAACGGCCCGCUGGCCCGCGCCCGCUUUGCGGCCUCGCGCUACAUGGAGAACCAGGACUUUGAGCUGCUUGUGGAGCACGACCUUUGGAACCGCAUCCGGGUUUUGGACUCGGCUGUGUCCCGUGCCGGCCAGCUCGACACAACGCUGUUCUCGCUCCAGUUGGGCUACAUCGAACAUGUGGUCGCGUUUCUCGACCCGGGCGUCGACGGCGAGCUCGAUGCUCGCCCGGCCACUCCGUCGUCGGCCGGCAGGUCGAUCGGUCGGGCAUCCAGCACCACCGGCGCCGAGUCACUGGCUCCGGGCGGCGGGACCAUGCCGCCGGAUCAGGCUGCGCUCCUCAUCCACGAGAUCAUGACGUCAGGUGUUGUUGACGCACUCGGCAUUCUCUGUCUCCGCCACACCUCGGGCACCCGCGACCCGGCCCUGCUCGCCGAGCUCGCAGCGUUUCUUGCUCGCUGCAUUGGCGCACCAGGCAUGCGCGACUACACCAACAUUCUGGUCAAUAACCUUGUCCGCCUCUAUGUUGGCAAGGAGGCGAGCUUUGCAUCGUCGGCUCUCGAAGACUAUGUUGUCGAGCGUGCCGGUGCUGGUGGUCCCGAGCUGAGCCUCGCGGAGCGCGGGCUCUCGCUCAUGGGUGUUGACGUUAGCCACGGGUACCUGCCCAAGGUGGCCCAGGGCACAGGCACUGGCGGUGCCUGGGCGUCGCGGGCGUCGGACAGCAACGCCGAGAUUACCUACGACGAGCUUGUCGACGAGCUGGCGGCGCUGGAGAAGGACGGCGCGCUCGACGAUCAGGCCGACGUUGUAGCUGCCAGGCAGGCCACAAACGCGACGGGCUUCCGCCUGGGUGCGGCCACCGUCUCCAAGCUUUUGCCCGCCGCUGUGUGGCGGACCGCGAUGGAGGCCGAGUUGCAGAGUUACUACGAGGACGAGGGCCUGCAUUGGUCCCUCGACGUCUUCAACACACUACACUCGACCAUCGUGGCCCACUUUGGCACCGAGCCUGCCAGCGGCGCACCGCUGGCGCUCUGCGAAUGGGCUCCGUUUGUGGUCGACGCACCGACCGAGUUUGACGGUGACGCCCGCGCCCCAGUUCCACACCGCGGUUGGGACUACUACGCCGCGCUGGCAGUCAUGGGGGAAAACGUCCGCAACCUGGCGCUCACCGGGCGCGAGACCCGGCGGCAGCGCCGGUCCGGCAUCGUCCACAUGGGUACUGCUUUCCUCUCCGGCAACCCAUCUCAUGUUCAGCUCCUGCUCGACUUUCACGUUCUCGACAAAGUGGUCCUCCUCCUCGACGACGACGAUGCCGACGUUCGCGCCGAGGCGGUUACCUUCCUCGGACUCAUUUCGGCCAAGUUUGCACACUCUGACGAAGGCGCAGCCGAUGCCGGCUCGUCGUGGCAAAUCCGGCUCCUGCUGCACGCCUUCAAGCAGCGGCAUGUUGUUGGCGCGCUCGUCCGGCGGCUCAAGUCGCGGGUCGAGAGUUGGCGGACCAAGAUCAAGGUCGUCGGUGUAGUCCACCAGCUGGUUGUCGACGGCUAUGCCGUGUCGGGUGUCGCCACCGAGUGCAGCAUCUUUGCCGUCCUCGCCGCCCUCGUACUCAACACCAACGACCCGGCCGUCGACCACUACACCGGACCGGUUCUCGGUCUGUUCCGGGCCGUGUUUGCAGUCGGCAACCCGGGCUUGCUCCGCGCGCUGGAGCUCACGCCGCGGCUUCUCCCCUGGCUGCACAAGGUUGGCGUUGCUACUGAGCUCCCGUUCUCGCCAGGCAAGCUUGCUGUCCGGGCCGCGGCGCUGCUCGAGGAGCAAGGCCUCCUGGUAGGCGACAUCGACGAGUUCGUCACACCGUGCUACACGCUCUUUGAGCACAUCAAGUACUACGUGGCUGGGCCCUCUGAUGUGGCGCGGCACGAAGCCUCGUUCCGGACCAUCAUCGCCGUCCUUGUCCGCGCCUUCCAGCAGUUCUGGUUCGAGGCCCUCGCCCACCACCAGGUGGCCCAGGCUGGAGUGCAGACUGGCGGCUCGAGCGUCGACGCUGAGAGCCUGGAUGAGAUGAUACGGCUUCUCCGGGCCGUUCUCGGCCUCUUUGCCUUUGUCGGCCAAGUUGGUCUCACCGAUCUCAUUCUAGAGCUCUCUGUCCUUGACGUGGUGCUUUCGCUGUACGGGCAGACCGACGUGGUGCUCGCGGCCUCCCCGCUCUCGGUCCACCCGCUGCGGUCCGUGAUGGUCAAGCUUAACGCAUUUGUGGCCGACCUAGUCUCGACCGGCCAGCCGAGGAUUCUUGCCCGGCUCAUCACCUACAACGUGGUGGCGCUCUCGAUCACCACCUUUAAGAACCAGUACGCCCAGCUUGCGUCGGCCUUUGACCUCAACGCCGUCGAGAUCCACGCGCCGACGUUCUACGCUGAGGAGCGUGCCUUCCGGCUCGCGCUCUGGCGGGCGCUUCUAUCCUCCAACUCGCCGCAGCUCGGCGUCCAGCUCCUGCACUCGGGCAUCAUGACCUUUAUCCUCACUGGCCUCCUCGGUAAUGUCUCAUGCUUCCAGCUCUCGGGCGCGCUGGUGGCGGGCACCUCGUUUGAGCGGUUCAACUGGACACUGCCGUUCCGUGCUGAGGCCAUCAGUCUUAUUCGCACUGUGGUCGCCUCGGCCUCGGCAGUCCCGCUCAUGUUCCAGCAGCUCGUCGCCCUCCUGCGGAAGCACAAGGUCAUCGAAGCUGAGCUGACCCGGCUGGAGACAUCGGGCACCACCCUUGUGGAGGCCUCGGUCCUCAAGCUCUUCCUCCUCAUGCUGGACGCGCCGCAGGCCGAACUUGGCCAGCUGCUUACCGACUCGGGCCAUCUCGGCCGGAUGGUACGCUACUGCAAGCUGGUGACCCGUGCCGACACUGGCGGUGCGCACGACGUCCGCCAUGUUGUCGAGCUCCACGAAGCCGCCAAGGCCAUUUUGCAACAUGUGGAAGCCGAGCCGUAGUAAGGUUGAGGCGUAAAAGAAUUGUGUUACGA